AUGCAGACAGGUAUAGAAGAUGAACAUGUUAUCAAAAAUGAACGUCGAUCAACUCGAUUGUAUUUACUUCUCCUUAUAAUAUCCAUUAUUAUUUUGGCCUUUUAUUAUUCUACCGCAUCUUAUACUCAAACAAUCAUUAUUAAGUCUCCAACAUUGUCUCGAUACCGUACUUUACUCUCAUAUACAUCGUUAGAAUGCGAUUGUUCUACAAUAGGUAUCAAGUAUAACGAAUUUCUUUCCAUUGCACCUAUCUAUCAUGAAUUCUGUCAAAGUAAAUUUGUCUUUAAUGACUGGAUUGAUUACUUACAGAUUCUCUAUGAACAAAGUUGGAAUAAUUCAGAUUUAACUGAUUUUCGUCGAAUAGCCUUUUUUCAAUUUAAAACAUUACGUUCCUUUUGUCAACUAGCAAAGGAAACCGUUUCUAACAGUCUCGAAUUAUUCCAACAACGGGAAUUUGUUCAAUCAAAAUUAGUUUUCGAAGAACAAUUUCAAGCUCAAUUGAAUUCAUUUAUCGGAGAAUUCAUUGAUUCAACACCCAAAAUAUUCUUGAGAACACUAAAUUUGAUUCAAGAUAUGACCGCACAGAAUUUAUUAAUGACUGGAGCGUCAGUAUCCAGCGUUCUACCAAACAUACUCCAAACAACAUUCGGCGACGAUAUUAUUCCUUAUUCUGGAUUAAUGUAUACAUUUUUGAAUGGUUCUACUUGUACUUGUUCAAGUUCAACUGCUACUAAUUGUAUGGGUCCUACAACAGUUUAUAAUGAUAUUGUUUCAGGUUUUCAAAUAGGUUGCUAUAUGUUAAGUGCACUACUCAAAUCUACACUUCAACCAUUAUAUAAUCAAACAUGGAUUAAUAUGAUUAGUAAUUCAUCAGCUAAUUUUGAACCACUCAACUCAUCAAUGUCAAAUUCGACAGUCGAGACAUUAUUAAGUCAAUUAUUUGUGAUUCAAUGGAUUAACACAACAUCGUAUGAACAAUAUUUUAAUAAUUGUUUGCCUGAUUCGUGUCAAUAUAGCUUGAUGGAGCACUAUAGUUUGUUAAAUAUUUUAACAUUAUUAAUUGGAUUGUUUGGUGGAUUAUCCUCAGCAUUUAUGAUAAUUUCUCCGCUCAUUGUGACAAAAAUCUGGCCAUUUAUAUUAAAAUUGUUUAUUCGACAACGAACACAUGUGACACAAUCCGCAUCAGCUGAACCUAAUGCAACAUCUUCUUCUGGUAAUUCUCCAAUGGGAUUAUUAUCACGGCUAAAAAAAUCACUCCAGGAAUUAAAUUUAUUCAAAAAAAUUCCUCCAUCACAAGAUGAAAAUAUUCUUCAACAAGAACGUCAUACGACACGACUCUAUCUAAUUCUUUUCUUUUUAGCUUUAACAAUUCUUAUUCUUUUUACUUCGAUUACACCACAAUCGAUCAGUGUUACCGUUCCAUCACCAUCAUUUACAGAUUUCAUACAGCUUUAUGCUAAACAUUCAGAUACACUUCGCUGUCCAUGCGAACAAACUACCAUAAAAUAUCGUCAAUUCAUUUCGUCUAUCAAACCAAUAUAUCAUGAAAUUUGCUUGAGUGAUUUCGUUUCUGCGGAUUGGAUUAACCUUAAAUAUAACGAAUCUUCUUCAUCAAAAUUAUUUACUCAUGAUUUUCGUUCACAAGCAGAAUAUCAUUUUCAACUUCUUUCUACACUUUGCCGUAUGGCCAAUCAAACCAUUGAAGAAAGUCUACAAACGUUUUUUCUCACUGAACUUGUUACCAAUGACGUUCUUAGUCAAGAAUCAUUUCAGAUUCAAAUUGAUUUAAUUGUGGAACAAUUUAAAAGAACAAUGCCAGAAACUUUUCAACAGACAGUUCAAUUAAUAAAAGCAAACUUAGAAAUCAAUCAAUUCAUUACACCAAGAAAUACAGUUUUUUAUGUGUAUUCAGGUCAAACAGAAGCAAACCUAUAUUUAGAUAUGCGUUCCUAUAAUUGGAAGGAAAAACCUGGAUGUGAUAAUAUUUUUCUAGAAAAGCAGGAAUGUAAGUGUUAUCCUUUUUCUACUAAUGAAUGUUAUCUAUCGACAGUAAUUAUUGACGAUCAAAUGGAACAUAUUCCCAUUCCAGGCACGAUUCAAACAUGGUUUCCUCUUCAGUCGCUUUUCAAUUCAACAUUAGAAUGUUUUUACGAUGCAAAAUGCCUCGCUAAAAUAACACAAUUCAUCAAUUCAAGUGUAUCACGAACGAAUUUUACUCCACUUGAAUUGCCAUCAUCAUCUUCUCUGAACAAACAAUUUGAUUAUAUCGAAUCCUUGGCAAAUGAUUUAUUUAUUCGAUCGUGGAAUAAUGAAAGUUCUUACCAGUCUUAUUUUGAUGAAUGUCAUCCACGCACCUGUCAAUAUACGUAUCAGAGGAGAUUCCAUUAUAUUUAUAUGAUAACAACAAUUGUUGGAUCGAUAGGUGGUCUCAAUAUCGUCUUACGUCUACUAACACCAAUUAUUAUUAAAUUUAUCUAUUAUAUUUGGAUGAAAAUCUUACGUCGACAACGAAAUGUAACGAGUGACGAUGUGACAGAAAAUAUGUCUGUACGAUUAAAACUUGGUCAUCAAUUUCGAUUAAUAAAACGACAUUUGUUCGAAUUAGACCUAUUUCCGACUAUUCCACAAUCAGAAAAUCCAAUAAUAAUUCGUCGAAGUCGACGUAAAACUCGAUUCUAUUUAUGUUUUCUUAUUAUAGCAUUGCUUAUUCUUCUUCUAUAUACAUCACUACAAUACGAUACAAUUACCGUUGUGAUCAAAUCUCCAUCAGUGUCGCAAUAUGAAGAAUUACUUUCUCAAUAUCCUCGAACAUUAAAAUGUCCCUGUAAUCAUAUUGCAAUCAAAUAUGAUAAAUUUAUUUCUCAAAUUGAACCUCAAUAUCACCAAAUAUGUACAAGUACUUUCGUUACAUCAAAAUGGUUUGAAGCUUUGAAAGGAAAAGACAUGAGUCGUGUCGGUGAUGAUUCAGAUUUCCGUAAAAUAAUUGGUGUACAAUUUGAAAUAAUAUCAAAGCUUUGUUCACUUUCAAAAAAGACAUUAACUGUUGCAUUAUAUGCAUUUCAAGAAACAGAUUAUUUUACACGACAUGUUAUUCCACGUGAUGAAUUUAAAGUUUCUACAGAAGCAUUAUUAAAACAAUUUGAGACCACAAGAGGUCAUCAGUUUAUGCAAAUAAUUAAAUUGAUUCAAGCAGUCAAUCAUGGAAAUCAAUUAGUAUCAGUACUUUCAUCCAAUUGGAAAUUCAUUUUGAGAGAUGUAGACUUUUCAUCUGAUGAAAUAAGUAUAGAUUCGCCUUCAUUAGAUGUACUAACUCUGUCAAACACGUAUGACGAAGAUAAUUGUUCAUGCGCUGUACAUUCAAACUGUUCGUAUCUGUCCAAUUUUGAUUUUCGGACGUCGAAUCAAUCAUUGAAAGAAACUCUUCCAGGUUUUCGCGUUGGUUGUCUAAUUCUCGAUGCCCUUCUUCAAUCAAGUUUUUCUUGUCUCUACAAUAAAACAUGUUUGGAGUUGAUGCGUACAGCUAUCUAUUAUUCUAGACCUAUUCCAGUUCAACUAUUUACUUACAAGACAUCGUCUGAACUAAACAUAACAAUUGAAACACUUCUUGGUCAACUUUUUGUUUUACAAUGGGUCCAUCAAACAUCAUAUGAAUCAUAUUUUAAUGCCUGUGCUCCUCAACAAUGUCAUUAUUCUUAUUCAACGAACUUUAAUCAAAUUUAUGUAAUAACAACUCUAAUCGCUGUUUUUGGUGGUUUAACCAAAGGACUACAUAUUGUUGUAUCUGGUGGAGCAUGGAUAAUUAUUAAGAUCUUGGAUUAUCGGAAGAAAAAACGGCAAGUAACAACAGACAUACAACAAUCAAGUAUUAUUGUCAUCGAUCAAGAUAAUAACAAUAUCGAAAUGACUUCUGUUGUAGACAUCAAUCAGAUUCCUGUUUCUUCCACGAAUGAAGAAACCAAUGGAUAUAGAAAGCAGAAAGAACGUGCAUAUGUAGUUGUUGUUAGUUUAUUGCUUGUGACAAUGGUAAUAAUAGUUUCGAUCGUUUGGGUUUUGAAGAGAUAUUCAGAAUAUCAAACGAUCGUUUCAACUAAGAGAACCACGACAACAACCAUUAGCUCUACAUUAGAAUCAACAUCAACAAUAACUGAUAUUUGCUAUAUGAACUUGAAAAAUCAAUUUCAAACAUAUGCGACUGGCGAUGAUCCUAAGCAGGUCAUUACAGGCGAUUUUAAUAAAGAUUUCAUUUUAGAUUUAGCCGUAACAAAUUGUGGCAGUGAUUCAUUCAGCGUAAUGUUAGGCAAUGGAAAUGAAACGUUUCGGACACAAAAAAUUUAUUCAACGGGGAAUAGAACUUGUCCAGCGGGAAUAGCAACUGCUGAUUUUAAUAAUGAUACAUUUUUGGACUUUGCUAUUACAUUAUGGACAGUAAACCAAAUAGCUAUUUUCUUUGGUGUACCAACGAAUGUUUCAUUCUCUUCAGUAUCAUACGCAUUUUCAUACAGUUUUUCUGCUACUAAAUCAACUGAGAUUGAAACUGCUGAUCUUGACGGGGAUGAAUCUUUUGAUUUGGUCGUCCCUAAUCAGGAUUCCUUAACUUCACGAUUUCCAUUAGGAAUCUAUUUAAAUCGAGAUAAUGGUCGACGAUUCGAUUCUGUCUGCGGUACUCUAUGUGAAGAUUGGAUAGCCAAUGGAUUUAUAAUUUCGGUAGUCAUUAGUGAUUUCGAUGAUGAUGGAAAAUACAAUGAUCUCAGUUUAUGUGGUAGCAACAAUCAAGUGGUGACAAUCUCUUCUAUCAAUUAUACUGAUAUUGAGUAUGAUCCACGAGUGGCAUAUAACACUGUAUUUGCUAAUCCAUUAUCAUUAAUCAGAGGAAAGUUUAAUGAUGAUAAUUUCGAUGAUUUAGCUCUUGUUUCGCCUGAAUCUGAUACAUUGCAGAUCUUGCUUGCUGUCAAAAUUGGAAAAUUUAGUCAGCAAAUCUAUCUAACCAACACUCAUGCAACAUCUGUUGCACGAAUCAAUUUUAAUAAUGACUCGAUCGAUGAUUUAGUAGUAUUACAUUGCAAUGGAACUGUAGCGGUCUUUCUCGGAACUAAACUUGGACUUUUUGAUCAAACUGAUAUUUUAUUUGAAACCAAUGAAGAGGGCAAUGGUCAAUGUGCUCAAUCAAUCAAAGUAAAUGAUUUCAAUCGAGAUGGAAGAGAUGAUCUGGUUUUUGUUGAUCCUGAAACGAAUACCGUCAGAGUUCGAUUAAACUUACCUUGUACUGAGUAG